GUGGACUUUAUAUGGAACACCAAAAAAAUAAUUUUAGUGCUCGGUUCUUCUCUCUUUCUCUAUCUCUUUCAUCAAUGUUAUCUUUCUCUCUCUAAAAAACCAUUUUCUUCCUUUUGCCAAGAAAAUCCAUCCAAGCAGAAGGAGUAGAUCGGACCGGACAUAAACUAGUGAUGAUAAAAAAAGAUGUGGUGUUAUGCUGAACUAUUUGGGAAGCGAAGAGGCAGUUAGUAACAGUGGAAGAAUCAAAUGUUCUUAUCCACUGAGAACCCACCCAAUGACCCACUAUCAUCUUCUCCUUCUACUUCCAGUUUAUUACAUCUCACCACUUCUUCUUCUUCAGACGAGUUAGGUCAAACCCAUCUCCAAAACUUCUCCAUCAGAGAUUACGCAUAUAGUAACCGGAAGAACAAGAUCAAGAACAACUGGCCAUUUUCUCCCAAAAGUCUCAAACUUUGUUCAGCUCACGGCUUAACUGAUCCCUUGCCACCGUUUGAGACCACGGCUAGUUCAUCAUCAGGGAAGCAGAUCGUAUCUCAUGUCCAUAGAGGAAGUGAUUUUGCCAAACUUGGUGUAAAAGGAGGCUGUAGCCAAUCAAGGAUCAUCAUCAAGAAUGGUUUUGAUAGGAGCGCAAGUGUUUCAAAGUCUAAAGUAGAGACGAUAGUAGUAGCUGGUACGAGUAAUAAUAAUAACAAGAACAAUAAAAAGUGUGGACGAGGUGGAUUAAUGGUGAAGUCCAAAGAAGAUACUUGUGGUGGUGGUGGUGGUGGCCUUGUGAUGACGACGACAACAUGUCCUAUUUGCAAAACCUUCUCCUCAGCUUCCAACACCACUUUGAAUGCUCACAUCGAUCAGUGUCUGUCUGCUGAUUCAGAACUGCCACCUGUUAUAACUACUAAGCCAAACAAGCCUAGAGCUAAGCCAGGGAUGAAAGUUAAAACGAUGGUCGAUAUUUACGCUUCUGCAAAAGGAUGCACAUUAGAAGAUCUUGACAAGAGAAACGGAACAACGUGGGCGUCGGUUUUGAGUCAUACGAAUCAAGUUGUUGCUGAUAAGUCUGAAGUGUUGUCAAAGAAGAGGAAAGCUUCGCCUGUGGGCGUUGGUCCUGUUUAUAUUGAUGACAAGGGACAGAAACUGCGGAUUUUAACUGAGUUCAGGGAGAAGAAGACUUCUUCUACUACUACUCAGCUGAGAGAGCAGUAUAACGAGGAUGGUAGUAAAGAAAGCAGUAGAAGCUCAAGGAAGGCACGUGGAGGAAAGAAACAGUACAAGUAUCUUAAACUAACAAAUCUCAAAGCCAGCAGCACUUCAGAGCAGAUAAAUGAGUGUCAAAGAGUGUUUUCUGGAGAAGGUAGCAGCACGAGUCAUCAUCGUAGAAUCUAUAAUCGGCGGAUGUUAUCAAAACAAAAGAAGCUCAAUGAGAAAGAACAUAAACUUUAUACUUUGUGGGAUCAGCCAUCUGAGGAGGAGGAUGAGGAUGAUGAUGAUGAAUGGUCAGGAGGAGAGCGUCUUGUGUUGAGAGGUACUGAUUCAUCUCCUUGGAAUAAACAGAAGCUGCGGAAUAAGACUAUGUUUGGGAGUAAGAAGGAGGAGGAAUCACUUGCAAGAGCUCAUUUAGACACUAUCCAGUUCAAGAAGAGGCUUGCUUCGAUUCAAGAAGACAAGUAUCCACCUAGGAAGAAUGUCAGAGAGCUUUCUCCUCCUGCAACUAGCAUGAAAAAUUUGUCCGCACCAUUUGUGAAAAAUGGCUGGAGAAGGCUAUCUCUGCCUGUGGAGCUAAAGCAAGCUCGGCUGGAUUCAUCAGAGGAAGAAGAAGAAAGUGGGAAAUGGGAAUCUGAAAUGACACAAGAACUUCAACUAUCGGAUGAUGAUGAUGACGACGAAGAAAGUAGUGAUGAGGAGGAUGAAGAUGAUGAUGACGACAACAACAACAACAACAACAACAACAACAAAAGAGCCAAUGUGUUGGACAAAAGCAAUGAUGCUACUACACCAUCUAAUGAAACCAUACCUAGCGAGAGAGCAAUGUGUUACUACUCUGAAGAAGUUGAUGAAAUGAUUUACGAGCAAACCACUUACGAAGAGGAUGUGAGGUUUGGUUCUGAGGUAAGAGGAAAAGGAAGCUUGUUUGUAGAGGUUGAUACCAUUCCCAUUCCAGGACCUCCUGGCUCAUUUCUACCGAGUCCCAGGGACAUGUGUUAUGAUGAGAACCUUGGGAACUCGUCGGUUAUCACAAGCCAGAUACAAUCUUUCGACAGAAACUCAUCUGAAUCGCCUGUUUCAAACGGUAGAUUGAGCUUUUGUGUUCCAUCUCAUCAUCAGACAAUCACUGAGGCUGAGAAAAUUGCUCUUGACAAGACAGAACUACCUCCAAGACUUAGAAGCAACGAUCACGAGUCUUGUACUUGUUGUUGCCAGAGAAAAGAGAGAAUCUCAGAAGGCAUUGCUUUGAAUCAUCAAGCAUCUCAUCUACUGCAGAGAAGAGCCGCCGCAGCUUAUACGUCAACAGCAAUGAACUUAACCAAAUCUUCUCCCACACGUUUGGAUACAAACCAUCCGUUUGAGAAGUCACCAUACAUGAUCCAGCAAGAGUUAGAUCUUCACCAGAGUAAAUUCUCAAACAGAGCUGUUGUUGUGCCUCCGAGUCCUAACCCGGUUUUGCGGUUAAUGGGAAAAGACUUGUUGGUCAUGAACCAAGUAGAAGAAGCAGACAAGGUAGAAGCAUCUCGGGAUAGCUUAAAAAAACCAGCAACGAAGUUUCUUGAUCCUCUUACUUGGGGUGGAACGGGCUUAUACUUCAACACGGAUCUGUAUUUAAGAAACGGUUUCGAGUCAACCCAUCAACUACCGACACCAAAAGCACAACAAACACAAGAUUCACCGUUCAGAAACAGUUUUUGAUCAUGUGAGGAGGUACUUUUCUCCGAACUAGUAGUCAAUGGUAAGAGUUUUGGACCUUCAUCAUGCAGUUAAUGAAGAAAGCGAGAAGUGGGUUUUUUUAAGGAAGAUUUUCGUUUGUUCUACGGCAUUUUGUGUCUUGUCUGUCUGCAGAGACUUUUGUGUAGUUUUGGGGACCUUACGGUUUGCACUUAAAAAAAGCAGACACUACUUGAAAAUAACAAACACUAUGUAGCAAGAUAAAAAGUAACUUUACGCCAAAUAAA